GUAACAACUAGUGGAGACAAAGAAUUCCUUCUCCCUUUUUCCCCCUCCAAGUUCCCAGUGGAGAGCUAAACCCAGCAUCUCAGAGCUGUGACUACACAGUCAAGCAUUUGUAGACUAACUUCACUUUGGUACCAUAUCCCUCAGUGGCUCAAGGUGUUGGCUUUCUGAGUAGACAGGCUUUUAAGUAGCAAAGCUCCCUGCUUUCAGUAAGCUCAGCACCAUGGGGAAGGGAGACACGCAGGAGGUAGCACAACCCCCCACAGCCAACCGCUUUGUCAUGGAGGAGUACGGUUAUGAGGUGGGCAAGAGCAUUGGCAAUGGCUCCUAUGGGACAGUUUACGAGGCUUACAGCAGAAAGCAGAAGGUCAUGGUGGCUGUCAAGAUCAUCUCAAAGAAGAAGGCUUCUGAGGACUAUCUUAACAGGUUCCUGCCCCGUGAGAUACAGGUAAUGAAGGUUCUGCGGCACAAGUACCUCAUCAACUUCUAUCAGGCCAUCGAGACCACAUCCCGAGUGUACAUAAUUCUGGAGCUGGCUCAGGGUGGUGACGUCCUUGAAUGGAUCCAGUGCUAUGGGGCCUGCUCUGAGCCCCUUGCUGGCAAAUGGUUCUCCCAGAUAACCCUGGGUAUCGCCUACCUGCAUAGCAAGGGCAUUGUGCACCGUGACUUAAAGUUGGAGAACCUAUUGCUGGACAAGCAGGAGAACGUGAAGAUAUCAGACUUUGGCUUCGCCAAGAUAGUGCCUUCUAACCAUAAUGUGCGUAAUAGCCCUUCCCACCAAAUGAACUGCUUUACUCACCUCAGCAAGACCUACUGUGGCAGCUUUGCUUAUGCCUGCCCAGAGAUCUUGUUAGGCUUGCCCUACAACCCUUUCCUGUCUGACACCUGGAGCAUGGGCGUCAUCCUCUACACUCUAGUGGUUGCCCGUCUGCCCUUUGAUGACACUAAUCUCAAGAAGCUGCUGAAGGAGACUCGGAAGGAGGUCACUUUUCCACCCAACUUGACCAUCUCCCAGGAGUGCAAGAAUAUGAUCUUCCAGACACUACGCCAAGCCCCCAAGCGUGCCACCAUCCUGGACAUUAUCAAGGAUCCCUGGGUGCUCAAGUUCCAGCCUGAGCAAGCCACCCAUGAGAUCAGGUUGCUUGAGAACAUGUGCCAGCCGCCCAGCACAGCAAACCGUCACCAAUCCGUGGAAAUCAAUACCUGAAAGUGGCUGAGGUGUGUUGAGAGGAGCAAAGCAGGAGGAGUCUGGGGCUAAAAAUCUUUUAUAUCAAAAAUAAAUCUAGUUCUGACUUAGUUUCAUCA